AUGGCAGAAGUUCUCGGACUUGCCUCAAGCGUUAUCACAGUUAUCGAUUUAUCCGCAAAGGUUGCUUCAUGGUGCUCUGAGUACUACGCCAAUGUUAAGAAUGCCCGAGACGACAUUGAACGCCUUCAACGGGAGACCCAAGGGUUGAAAGCAACGCUUGAGAGGGUCCAGUCACUGUGGGACGGUCCAAAUGGUGUGAAACUCCAGGAAUCCCAGAGCUUGAGUGGGGCAGUCAAGGACUGCAAAAAGCAGCUCGACCAGCUAGAGACAAAACUUGAGCCUCGUACAACAAAUAAAUUGAUGAGUCGUUAUGGGAUGCGCGCCUUAAGAUGGCCACUCAAGAGCAAGGAGGUGGAUGGAAUUAUGAAGAAACUCGGAAAUUGCAAGCACAACAUAUCUUUCAGUCUCCAAGUCGACCAAGAGGUACAAAUUCUUAACAUCCAUCAAAAAAUCGUUCUUGACAAACUGCGGUCCGCCAACAACGCCGAGUUCGACUCCCACGACGAAGAACACAAUGCUAGAUGUUACCAAGGCACUCGAGUGGAACUACUUCGACAAAUAGAUACCUGGGCUAGCAAUCGAGGCAGCGAACGUAUAUUCUGGCUGAACGGUAUGGCGGGCACUGGCAAAUCUACAAUCUCCCGCACAGUGGCCCAAACCUUCGCCGAAAAGGGAGACCUCGGCGCCAGCUUCUUCUUCAAGAGGGGUGAAGGCGACCGUGGCCACGCAGGAAUGUUUAUUACAACGAUUGCUACUCAGCUCAUCCAAAAACUCCCUUCCUUGGCGCCGCACGUCCAGAAUGCGAUCGAAGCCGACCCGGGAAUCUCUAAGAAGGCUUUGAAGCAACAAUUUGACACACUUGUCUUGCAACCGUUAGGCAAAAUACGAACCCAUCCUCAGAAGUCUUCAAGCAUAGUGAUUGUGAUCGAUGCCCUUGACGAGUGCGACCGAGAAGAGGACGUCAGAACUAUAAUUCGCCUAUUCUCACAAGUGAAGCACAUAACAUCUAUACAAAUCAAGUUCUUUUUGACAAGCAGGCCAGAGCUUCCGAUUCGCCUCGGCUUUGAGGAUAUAAGCGGCCACACAACUAUUCAAAGCUUGGUCGGAAUGGCUAUUCCGUUGUUCAUUUUUGCUACAACCGUCUGCCGGUUCAUCAAUGACCGAAAAUGCGGCCAACCAAAGGAUCAGCUUGCUAAGGUCCUAAAGUAUGAGACUAGAAGCCAAGCAUCUAAACUUGACGCAACGUAUCUCCCAGUCCUGGACCAGCUACUCGUCGGGGUUACUAUUUCAGAGAGAAGAGGUCUAGUAGAAGAAUUCCGGCAAGUCAUCGGCUCGAUCAUCAUUCUCGCUAGCCCUCUCUCCGCUACUUCUCUCGAUCGACUACUUGGAGUCCCUGAAGGUACUGUUGAUAGCAGAACAGAUUUCCUCCACUCCGUUCUAAGCGUCCCCUCUCGUCCUGAUCACCCUAUACGACUGCUCCAUUUGUCGUUCCGGGACUUUCUCGUUGAUACUGAGAAGCGCGAGACGAACCCCUUCUGGGUCGAUGAGAAAAAUGCCCAUAACAACUACUGCUCCAUAGCUGACUUGUCGCCCCUCCAACUCUACUCCUCUGCACUUACCUUCGCCCCAAAGAAAAGCAUUAUUCGAAAUACAUUCCAGAAUUAUAUCCCUGAUUGGAUCGUACAGGAGCCAAAUACAGAUCUGGAAUGGAAUGCCGUUUUGCAGACGCUCGAGGGGCACAGCAACGCGGUCAGCUCUAUCGCCUUCUCACACGACUCGAAGCUGCUGGCGUCAGCGUCGUAUGACAACACAGUCAAGGUGUGGGACGCGGCUACAGGCACGCUGCAGCAGACGCUCGAGGGGCACAGCAGCACGGUCAACUCUGUCGCCUUCUCACACGACUCGAAGCUGCUAGCGUCAGCGUCGUAUGACAAGACGGUCAAGGUCUGGGACGCGGCUACAGGCACGCUGCAGCAGACGAUCGAGGGGCACAGCAGCGCGGUCAGCUCCGUCGCCUUCUCACACGACUCGAAGCUGCUGGCGUCAGCGUCGCAUGACAAGACGGUCAAGGUCUGGGACGCGGCUACAGGCACGCUGCAGCGGACGCUCGAGGGGCACAGCGGCCCGGUCAGCUCUGUCGCCUUCUCACACGACUCGAAGCUGCUGGCGUCAGCGUCAGAUGACAAGAUGGUUAAGGUCUGGGACGCGGCUACAGGCACGCUGCAGCAGACGCUCGAGGGGCACAGCGGCGCGGUCAUCUCUGUCGCCUUCUCACACGACUCGAAGCUGCUGGCGUCAGCUUCGUAUGACAAGACGGUCAAGGUCUGGGACGCGGCUACAGGCACGCUGCAGCAGACGCUCGAGGGGCACAGCAGCGGGGUCAUCUCUGUCGCCUUCUCACACGACUCGAAGCUGCUGGCGUCAGCGUCGCAUAACAACGCGGUCAAGGUCUGGGACGCGGCUACAGGCACGCUGCAGCAGACGCUCGAGGGGCACAGCAGCGGGGUCAUCUCUGUCGCCUUCUCACACGACUCGAAGCUGCUGGCGUCAGCGUCGUAUGACAAGACGGUCAAGGUCUGGGACGCAGCUACAGGCACUCUACAGCAGACGCUCGAGGGGCACAGCGGCCCGGUCAGCUCUGUCGCCUUCUCACACGACUCGAAGCUGCUGGCGUCAGCGUCAGAUGACAAGAUGGUUAAGGUCUGGGACGCGGCUACAGGCACGCUGCAGCAGACGCUCGAGGGGCACAGCAGCGGGGUCAUCUCUGUCGCCUUCUCACACGACUCGAAGCUGCUGGCGUCAGCGUCGCAUGACAACACGGUCAAGGUCUGGGACGCGGCUACAGGCACGCUGCAGCAGACGCUCGAGGGGCACAGCAGCGCGGUCAGCUCUGUCGCCUUCUUACACGACUCGAAGCUGCUGGCGUCAGCGUCGUAUGACAACACGGUCAAGGUCUGGGACGCAGCUACAGGCACGCUACAGCAGACGCUCGAGGGGCACAGCGGCGCGGUCAUCUCUGUCGCCUUCUCACACGACUCGAAGCUGCUGGCGUCAGCGUCGUAUGACAAGACGGUCAAGGUCUGGGACGCGGCUACAGGCACGCUGCAGCAGACGCUCGAGGGGCACAGCAGCGGGGUCAUCUCUGUCGCCUUCUCACACGACUCGAAGCUGCUGGCGUCAGCGUCGUAUGACAACACGGUCAAGGUCUGGGACGCAGCUACAGGCACGCUGCAGCAGACGCUCGAAGUUAAUUGCUACAUCUCGACUCUAUCAUUUGAUAUUACUAACUCGAUCUUGAUCACAAACAUUGGUUGUCUUAAGGUGGCAAAAGUGACCGUAAAGGAUUAG